CCGCACAAGGAAGAAACGAAAUUGCCAAAAGUACCACUUCCCAGACCACAGCGUCCCUCUUUCGUUCUGCCAAGCCCGCAACAGAAGCUCGUUCUUACGCAAAGGCCUGAAUGCAGAGUAUGCAAAGCACCGGUUCCUGUACCAUCCCAUUUAGAAUUCAUUGUUCGACCUCAAUCCUUUAUUGAUAUGUCACAGUAUGGAGUAGAUGGCUGCAAAACUGAAAAAGAAGCAUAUGAAUGCAAUUGUCAAUCAAGGAAUAACGCUCGUUCAUCCCAUAUGAUUAAUCCCCAAUUCAAUAUUCAGGAUCCAAGCAUGUAUUCCAACAGUGAAAUUGAUAUUGUAGGACCUCAUAGGACCGUAAUGAUGACUAGAGGAAACAAUCCUAGCGUCAUAUCGAAUCAACUCAUGUUUUUUGAUUCAGAAGAAGCUAGGGAAGCGGAAGGAAGACAUCAUAAGAAACAUAAUUAUGCUCCUAUAAACUUCAAUGUGCAAUUCCCUGCGUACGGAUCCGACAAUGUCCAUAAAUAUUAUCAGUCUCAAUACUAUACUAAUCCAAUAUCCUACACCUAUCCAAGUUCUAACACUUACGGAGCUUACGGAAACUAUGCCGGAACCUCUUAUCCGAUUAACUACGACUUUCAAGCUUCAGCAAGUAACGUACCGUCAGUUACUGUAAAUGCGGGAGGACCGUUUUAUGGUCGUGAAUCUCAUCAUACUGAUGAUUCAUUGACUCAAUCAAAUAAAGAGAUGCUACCAGAAGAAGUACUUUCGACUGCUACCGAAAGGAUCAAUGCUUCCAACUCAAAGCGAGAUACUGACAUUCAGUAGAAGAACGAGCAGAAAGACAUUUCACAGAACAAGAAGGAAAACAUCGAUCAUCAAGAAGGGAAUUCCGUGAACCAACAUAAUUAAGAGUAUAAAGUAAAAAUAGAAGCAAAAGUCAUCAAAUUUUUAAAGUUGCAAACAGCUAAAUAAUUUGAUAAUUGAUUUAGCAGAUUCAAUUUCAAGAUAGUUU